AUGAUGCGUGUCUUGACCGCGGCAGCGGCGCUGCAGCUAGGCUCUGCCCUUGUAAAAUUUCACGCCAAGGAGGACCACCUCCUGGGGAACCGCCCCGGAGCAUCAUCUCAGAACAACCAGGAGGAGCGUUUCCCAGAACAGGUGUUCAUGACCGACAGCAAGCCGGCUGCUCAGGAUGAGACAGCGGUGGCGAUCGAGGCAGAGAUGCUGGAGGCGAUGGCCGAUGCCAAGGCCCAGCUUGAGGUCCCAAUCACUGCCAAUGCUGAGGUGAUCAACAAGGGAGAGGAUGGAGUCCAUGCUAGGUUGGCGCAGGGGGGCAAGGAGCUGAAGAAGAUCGAGGGCACGACCGCGAUUCAGGAUGAGAUAGCAGCGGAGAUCGAGGCAGAGAUGUUGCAGGCUAUGGCCGAUGCUCAGGCCUGGCCUGAAGUCUCGAUUACAGGUGACAAAGUUCAUGCCAAUUUGGCGCAAAGGUUCAAUGAGAGGAAGAAGAUCGUAGGCAAGCCCGCUGCUCAGGACGAGGCAGCAGAGAUCGAGAAGGAGAUCCUGCAGGCCAUGGCCGAUGCAAGACUGGGCCCACGUGCCUAG